GCACAUUUGAUCACUUAGUCAGUAUCUCACAAAUUUGUGCGAAAUUAUAAGAAAAUGGCUCGAUUAAACUAUAUAGUGACUGUCAUCAGUAUUACAUUGAUGUACGUUGUCGCACAAGAACUAUACUCUGAUAAAUACGACGACAUCGACGUAAUGAGUAUUCUUGAAAACGAACAAAUAUUUAAUAAAAUAUAUGGUUGUUUUAUGGAUACGUUCCCAUGCGAGACGGAAGCUGGAAAAUUCUUUAAAGGGAUUUUUCCCGAAGCUGUCCAAACCAAUUGUAAGAAAUGUACUGAAAAACAAAAAAAUAAUUUAAAUUUAGCAGCGGAUUGGAUGACAAAAAAUAAACCUAAUGAAUGGCAGGCCCUCGUCGCAAAAAGCGUAGAGGAGAUGAAAAUGAAAAACGUUGGUCAAUAAUUCUAUAAUAAUUAUUAAAACAACGAACAAAGAAGAGUAUAGAAAAAAUUGAAAGUUAAUUAUCUAUAAAAAUAUUGUAUCUUUUGUAUUUAAAAACAUUUUGGGGGAAAAGGGAGAAAUGUAAAGAUACUUUUUAAGUAUUAAUAAUGGUUGUAUUGUAUUAUAUUAAAAUAUAACAUAUUAUAAAGAGAAA